AUGGAACGAAUCUUGGAUCUUGAAUCGGGUACAAUCCAUGAGUCGAACAAACCGGCUCCUGGGAUGUGGCGUUUUCCUACAAAUCCUGAUCUUUGUUGUAUCUACGGAGUCCCAAACUGCUUACGUCAAGUAAACCCAGAAGCAUACACGCCUCACCUGGUACUCAUUGGACCUCUUCACCAUUCUUUAAAAUCUCUAGCUCUCAAGUCUCGCGGAGAUAUCACAAACACGAAGCUAAUGGGCUACUUAAACAUGGAGGAGCACAAGAAAGUUUACUUGGUGGAAUUCGCACGAAGGGUUGAAGGGACUAAAGCCAUUGAUGGAUUCAGGAGAAUAAUCGAAGAAGACGAAGAUAUAAUCAGAGCAAGCUAUUCUGAAUCAACGGCCUGGAUUCCAUCUUCAGAGUUCGUGGACAUGGUUUUGCACGACUCUGUUUUCAUACUAGAGCUCAUUUUGAGGUUAUACGUACAAGGACCAGAGAAAAUAGGGGAUCCUAUCAUGGACGAGCCUUGUCUUGCACACACAGUCACUGGAGAUCUCAUCUUGCUCGAGAACCAGCUUCCUUAUUUCAUCCUCAAGAAGCUCUUCGAUCCAAUAGUUUCAAUGCUCUGCCCGUACCAAACAUUCCGUGAAUUAACCGUCAUCCAUUUUGGACUUCAAAAUAAGAUUGGAAACAACUCAAAGUUUAGACACUUUACUGAUUUGGUUAGGUGUGUCCGCGUGGAGACAGUUCCAGAUCAUGGUUUUGGGAUAUUCAAGCCUAUGUAUGACAUGUACAGUGCUGAUAAGCUAGACACCGGGGGAGUGAAAUUCAAAGCCGUAGAAGACGAGCUGUCGGUCGAGGUGAAAUUCAAAAAUGGUGUUUUGAAUAUACCAUGUUUUUUAGCUGAUGACGAUGCAGAGAUGAUACUUAGAAACAUAAUGGCACUUGAGCAAUGCCAUUAUCCGUUCAACGCCCAUGUAUGUAACUACAUCAUGUUCUUGGAUUUCCUCAUCGACACCCACAAGGACGUCGACUUGCUUGUCGAGAAAGGGAUAAUAAACAAUUGUCUUGGGGACCAUCGUGCGGUGGCGAAGAUGGUGAACAAGCUCAGUGUGGGAGUCAUGCACGAUGGCUCUUACUAUUCUGAUAUUGCAACGGAAGUCGUGAAACACUACAACAACAAAUGCAAUAAGUCACACGCCAUCCUAAGGCGCGUGUAUUGCAGCGACCUGUGGACAGGGACAGCCACGGUUGCCGCUGCCUGUCUAUUGCUGAUGACUCUUAUCCAGACGGUGUCUUCGGUCAUUCCAAUUAUAAAGAAGUGA